AUGUCAGUAACCAGAAAAGUUACCCUCACCGACAAUGGAAUGAUUCGACAAAACACCUUCAAAAGAACGAAUACGUUAGCCAUAUGGGUCGCCGCUGAAACCUACGAAAGAAUCAAAUCCAUCGAUAUACUCUACCACAUACAGAAUCUCAACGGAGAUGAAUUAAAACGGAAGGAAAUCAGUUCAGAUAAUUCUAGUGAUCAUUCAGAAGAAAAUACAGAGAAGAAGACUACAAUCAACUCGUUAAACCUUACUGACAUCUACAGACAAACUUACCCCAGCACUCAAUCUUACACAUACAGCAAAACUAAAACAGGAGCAGCCAGACUUGAUAGAAUCUACCUUUCCAAAACAAUUACACCUAAUGUUCAAGAAAUAAAACAUCUGCCACAGUCCGUCGGUGAUCACAAGGCUGUCAGUCUAAAACUCAGAUUAAAAAGAAACCGUUGGGGGAAAAGUUAUUGGAAAAUGAAUACACAAAUCUUGAAGGAUGAGAAAUACAUUGAACAUAUCAAAUAUUAUCUAGACUAUUGGCAUAAGAAUAAACAAAUUGAAGGUAUAAGACGCAAAAAUUAUGAUACGCAGUGCUUUUAUAAUAAUAGAAUAUAUGAGAUUGGUGAUAAAUUUUAUAAGAAAAACGAUGAUUGCAAUUAUUGUACCUGUGAACCCACAACAGACAUAGACUAUUCCGAGCCCGUUGUAUCGUGUACAGAUAUCGCUUGUGAUGUACCUCUUUGA